ACCACAGUUCCAAACACACACAGCCGGCCAUGAGUGCUUCAGGCACUACCUCUAGUCAGGCGAGCUCUGGGGGACCCAUGAAAUCCUCUGCCAUCAACUUCCCCUUCUGUCCAGAGAUUGGAAAGUAUGAGCGGUUGGCCAAAGUUGGCCAGGGCACUUUUGGGGAGGUGUUUAAGGCUCGCAAUAGGAAGACGAAUGCACUGGUAGCUCUUAAGAAAGUACGGAUGGAGAACGAGACUGAAGGGUUCCCCAUGACUGCACUGAGGGAGAUACGGAUACUGCAACUACUCGACCAUGAGAACAUCGUGUCCCUUAUUGAGAUCUGUAGGACCAAAGCGACUCCGUACAACAGAGAGAGAGGGAGCAUCUACCUCGUGUUUGAAUUCUGUGCCCACGAUCUAGCCGGCCUCCUCAGUUGUGAAGAUGUCAAAUUCUCCUUGGCAGAGAUAAAAUCGAUCAUGAGCCAGUUAUUCAAUGCCCUCCACUUUAUCCACAACAGCAAGAUCCUUCACAGAGACAUGAAAUCUUCAAACGUCCUCAUCACAAAAGACGGAAUUCUAAAACUAGCCGAUUUUGGACUUGCUCGUGCCUUGUUAAAAGGAGCUGCCCGCUAUACGAACAGAGUGGUGACCCUGUGGUAUCGACCCCCGGAGAUCUUACUGGGUGAGAGGAAUUACGGUCCUCCCAUUGAUAUGUGGGGCGCUGGGUGCAUUAUGUGUGAGAUGUGGACCAGACGUCCCAUCAUGCAGGGAGAAACAGAACAGCAUCAAAUCUCUCUCAUCUGUCAGCUUUGUGGGUCAAUAACGCCCGACAUCUGGCCAAGCUGUGACAAGUUGGAUCUGUACACAAAAUUGGAGCUGCCUAAAGAGCAAAAGAGGAAAAUUCGCGAACGCUUACGGCAUUAUAUCAAAGACUCAUUUGCAGUCGAUCUUAUCGACAAGCUACUAUCACUAGACCCCAAGAAAAGACUAGAUGCUGACGCAGCACUUAAUCACGAUAUAUUUUGGGAGCUUCCGAUGCCCUCGAAGACGGACUUGGCACAGAAACUAAGUCGUUACAAGAGCUCCAUGUUUGUGAUGCACUCUAACCCCGGACCUCGUAAUGUAGGGGGCGUGGCAGGUCCCUCGGGAAGGGGGGUGGGCCAAGGGGCCGCUGGAGGACAUAUGCACGAGAGAGUCUUCUAAUUUUUGUGGAAACUCUUUAUUAUGUAUGUACAGUGAUGGUGUCUAUGACAAGUCUGUAUUACUACAGUGCACUUGCUUUUGUGUAUUCUGCUUACAAGUACUCUAUUUCUAUUUCUUCCUUCUUCCUUAUAAAUUAUUCCCGUCAACUGUUUAUUUUUGUAUAUUACAUGUACAUGUA